AUGUGGGACCCAUCAAGAGAGUGGACAAAGUUAGGAGGAAAGGCUGUUAUAGCAGUGAAAAACAAUCCAGUACAAUGGACAACUCCUCUUGGACUUCCUGUUGUUCAACCAUACCGCAAGUUAGGAAGGCAUCUUAUUAAGACAUCUCUUCAAGUUUUGACACUACAACGAGAAACCGAUAAGGUGAUGGUGAAAAGACAAAGAACAGCCUUUCCUCCUAACUUUGUCCACUCUCUUGAUGGGUCCUACAUGAUGAUGACAACCAUUGCUUGUAAAGAGGAGGCUUAUGAAAGUGCUAUGGUGGCUAAGUUUGGUGAUGAUACUAGUUGUCACCCCCUCUUGGAUAAUGAAACAUGGUGUGAUGUUUCCGGAGGAGUCAAGAAAGGAAGAAUAUAUGGAUUCGGAUCUGUGUCUGAUCCAGCGAGCUUUUUGGAAGGAACAUCUAGUACAAUAACAUCCCAAGAGGUUGUCUAUGAACGUGUACGAAACGAGAUGCGUGGGGAAAUGGAUGCUAAAGCUGCAGAAAUGGAAGCUAAGCAUUAA